UACUUACACACAAGCUAGUUUAGCUAGAAAUGAAAGGAGUUUCACAAAAUUUCUCAAUGGGGUGGCCUUUAGUGAAGUUUUUGCUGUGGGCUUUAUUACUCUUUGUUCAAAUUCAUGAGCACAGAGCUUGUGUUGAGGAAGAGAGGACGGGUCUCCUAGAAUUGAAAACUUUUCUAAAAUCCCACACUAAUUAUACCAAGCCCCUCCUUCCAACUUGGGCUGAUGAGACAAAGGGUGAGUGUUGUAGUUGGGAGCGGGUCAAUUGUAGCGCCACCACUGGUCAUGUGAUCAAUCUCACGCUCUCUUAUAUAAACGAAUUUCAAUCUCCGACUGUUGAGACUUAUGUGAGGGGGACUUGGUUCCUAAACGUGUCCUUGUUGCAACCUUUCAAGGAGCUAAGAAUUCUUGAUUUAUCUGACAACGGAAUUUCUGGUUGGUUAGGAAAUGAAGAUAUGGCAAAUUUCAGCAGUUUGGAGAUUUUAGAUUUGAGCUCAAAUGAUUUCACUGGAAGCAUUACUCCAUAUAUCGGAGCGUUAUCUUCUCUCAAGGCUAUAUCAUUAGCUUUUAAUAGACUCAAUGGAACUUUAAACACUCCAGAAUUUUGUGCGCUAAAGAAACUUGAAGAGAUAGAGCUUGCUGUUAAUGACUUUGAAGGGAUGCUUCCUCCAUGCCUAAACAAUUUGACAUCUCUUUCGCACUUGGAUAUAUCUAGCAACCGGUUCAAUGGAAACUUGUCUUCAUCUCCAAUAGUCAACCUAACAUCCCUUGAGUACAUUGAUUUGAGUUAUAAUCUUUUUGAAGGUUUAUUCUCAUUCAGUUUAUUUGCUAAUCACUCCAAGCUUAGGGUGAUUCAAUGUUUGAGUGACAGCAACAAACUUGAUAUAGAGACUGAGAAUCACAGUUGGGACCCUUUGUUUCAAUUAAAGGUCUUAGUACUGUCUAAUUGUAAUCUCAACAACCCCACCGGCAACUUUCCCAAGUUUCUCUUGGGCCAACAUGAAUUGGAAGUCAUUGAUAUCUCUCAUUGUAAAUUGAAUGGAAGCUUCCCCAUAUGGUUGCUCGAAAACAAAACUGGACUACAAAUGUUAAAUCUUCGAAGUAACUCUUUCACGGGCGAGUUUCAUUUGCCAUCAGAACACUACAUGAAUCUUUGUUGGUUGGAUGUCUCGGACAAUCACUUUGAUGGGAAACUUCAAGAAAAUAUUGGAAAGAGGAUUCCAAAAUUAGAAUAUCUAAAUUUAUCUCAAAAUCAAUUUGAAGGAAAUCUUCCAUCCUCAAUUGGUGACAUGAGUAAUUUAAGGAAAUUGGAUUUGUCCUUCAAUAAUUUUUCUGGAGAGGUACCAAUGGAAUUGGUUGCCAAUUGCACUUCUUUUGCUAUUUUGAGGUUAUCUAAUAAUAACUUUCACGGUGAAAUUUUCUCAAAGCACUUCAACCUAUCCUCGUUUUCUUUAGAAUUGCAAAAUAAUAAUUUCACAGGCACUCUUCCAGUUGUACCCCUAAAGGUAGGGGGGUUCCUAAAUAUUAGCAACAACCACAUGAUAGGUACAAUUCCUCUAUGGAUAGUAAAUGGUAGUACGUCACCAUUAAUUGCUGUUGACUUGAGUAUCAACUCAUUCGAAGGCCAGAUUCCAUGUGGACUAGCUUCAUCUGGAGUAAUAAACCUUUCUCAUAACUUGCUUUCAGGAUUGUUACCUUCUUGCUUGAAUCUACGGUAUGUUAGGCACUUGCUAUUGCAAGGGAACAAACUCACUGGGUCAUUACCAAAAGCUAUUCUCAAUUCAUCUCUUGUGACAUUGGAUAUUAGAGAUAAUCGCUUUAUCGGCGGCAUCCCUGAUGAAAUUGAUGGACUUUCCAACUUAAAAGUGCUUUCGUUAAGUGGCAAUCAUUUUAGUGGUGUGAUUUCAAAGCAGUUGUGUCGGUUAAAGAGGAUAGGCAUAAUGGAUCUUUCCAAUAACUCUUUUUCUGGGUCAAUACCGUCCUGCUUUAACAACAUAUCCUUUGGGAAGCUAGUUGCUAGUGAUUUUGUCUAUACACCUAAUGUUUAUGCUUCGAUAGAAGGUUUUUAUAUCCCAUCUAAAUCUGUUCUAAAUACGCAUUUUAUAGUUGAAGGGUCAUCUCUGCUCUUCUAUGAACAAGUUGAGAUUGAGAUUGUGACGAAAUAUAGGGCUGACUUGUACAAGGGUCUCAACCUUGAUUUGAUGUCUUCAUUGGAUUUGUCAUUAAACAAGCUAAUAGGAGAAAUCCCACCAAAGCUGGGACAGUUAUCUUCACUACAUGGACUAAACUUGUCUCACAAUCAGUUGACAGGUCCUAUUCCAAAAUCGUUCUCAAAUUUGACUCAAUUAGAGAGUUUAGACCUUUCUCAGAACAAUUUGAGUGGGGAAAUUCCUUCGACAUUGAUUGAUAUAAACUCUCUUGAAAUUUUCAAUGUGUCUCACAACAACUUAUCAGGUAAACUUCCAGACUUUAAAGCACAAUUUGGAACAUUUGGAAAGAGUAGCUACGAAGGAAAUCCAUUUCUUUGUGGUCCACCACUGGAGAAAAACUGCACUGAGAUAUAUGAGUUACCUCCAUCACCACAAAAAUCCUCAAAGACAAGUGAUGGAAAAUGGUAUCAAGUCGAUCUUCUAGUUUUCACUACUAGUUUUUCGGUAUCUUACAUCAUCUUCUUUUUGGGUGUUGCUAGUGUUCUUUAUAUUAAUUCUCAUUGGCGGCAACAAUGCUUCAAUUUGAUUGAGGAUCGUAUAUAUUGGUAUUAUUAUUUUGCUUUAAAUACCCUAAAAAGGCUUCUGAACCGUAUGUGUCGUUAGACUUCUAUGGAAAUCUUUGGUGGUUGUAUUGAUAAUACCUAUUUGUAUCAAUGUAUGUGUAUUUUGGUUAUGAAUAAUAAUUAUCAUGCUCUAUUGUGAAAUAAAAAGUUCACUUACACUUCUUUCA